GGCCCAGAAGACCCAAUAGGCUGCAGGGCACUCGUUGGCGCCCUGUGAGUGCGUGUCAUGGGCUGCAAACUGUUCCCAUGCCCCCCCCAGGCCCAGAUGUCCUUCCUGUCUCCCCCAUUCCUAUCACCCAGCAGUCAUUUGGACGGCCAGGGUUUGCGUCAUGUUGGUGUGUGUGACAGGGAAAGAUUGUGGGAGAGAGGGAGAUUGUGUGUGUGUGUGUGUGUGUGUGUGUGCGUGUGUGUGUGUGUGUCUGUCUGUCUGAGGCUCAUUAAGCCUGCUCUCCACUCCGCACCCCCUCAUCUCCCCCGGGGAGCAUCGAUUUCCUGACAGCCUUCCGCUCCCACUCAGCGCGUGCAGUGAAGCCGUUGCGCAGUCGCCUGUUACCCCCGUAAGGAUGGACAGCUUGGCGGGUGGGCUGGCCGGCAGUCGUGUGGCCACAUGCCUGAGCGGCUGCGGGUUCGAGGCCGACCCGGCAACACGUGUGUGUGUGUGUGUGUGUGUGUGUGUGUGUGUGUGGCUCUCGUCCAUUUAUUCUGCUGUCCCGUCACAGACGUGUUAAAGAGACGCUGCAUGUGUUAGGGUCAGAUUUUAUCACAUUGAAUGCCUCUGUGCUGCCUCCCCCAUGUAAAAGUGCGAACACAGUUUCCUGCCUUGGGAUCCGGCCGCGUCCUUUUGCCCCCCCCACCGGACACCUCGCCCAGCUGAAUCUGCACUUCGUCAGGAUGUCACUGAGUAUUUUUUUUCUUCAUCUGUACAGACCGCCCACUCCAGCUCCCUCAACACUGAGAUGCCCCCCCCCCCCCCAGGGCCAUCUCAGCCUGUGGACGAAGGUCACGUGCUGCGUUUAACGUUCCUGAACGUAGAACUGACCCGAAAUGAACUGCGUCACGCGCUUCCCUGCACCCGAUUCCACCGUGGGUCUGUGAGAUGUCGGGAUGACGGAUCGCUCUAGCGGAUGGUGCCGGUCACCGUGACGACGACGGCUUGACAACGCGUGGGGCGGCAGACUCCCGGCUUCCCAGGGACCGCCGGCAUUUCCGGGAACGCCUGGCGUCUUGAUGCUCCCGGGCAGAGAGAUACGCUGAAAAAUGCAGGGAUUCUUUCGCUCUGGGAUGCAGCUUUUAUUUGGGCUGACAGCAGUCUGCUGCCGCGAUGUGCUGGUGCCAGCAGUCUGAAAGAGCAGGGAUCAAUGCGGGGGAGGCAGAUGAAAAGCAUCCCAUGCCAUGGCCGCUCCCGGCAUCCGAGCUGACCUCGCGUCGGCUGGGCCCACCCCCAUCAUCGCAUGGCGCCCGGCCCCCCGGCCCCCCGGCUGCAGCAGGACGCCGCUACGCUCUGUUUGCUGCUUCCCGCUUCGUGCCUGAUGACUCAUCUGGGGGCACCGUCACGUCCCGAUGAGCGCUGGCUGAGCCCCGUGCUUCUCUCUCUCUCUCUCUCUCUCUCUCUCUCUCUCUCACACACACACACACACACACACACACACACGAUGAAUGCACUAAAUCCUGCUCUAAUAGCCCGUUCAAAUGACGGCGCAGCUGACAGCGAGCACCCCCCCCCCCCCCAAGCUCACGAAGUCUCUGCUCGGAAUAUAAUAGAUGCCGCGAAUUAUCCUGCCCUAAUUGCUGUCUACUUAAAGUCAGACGCGGAGGCAACCGUGGCGGAACACGCUCCGCGCAGCGGGGUGUCAGGAAGCUUCCGGAAAGCCCGGCGUAGGCCGGCGUCUGUCCUUCACCACCACACUGUUUGUCCACGCCAUCGCCGAAAAGCCAGGGUGGGUAACGUGCCAUCAGUACGGGCUACAGGGAAGCAUGUUUCACUGGAGCAGCUGACCUGCAGGCUCUGGGCCGCCACUCAUUGUCAGAAAGCUCGGCUGUUGGACCUUUAGGGAAGGCCUGUGUACCCCAGUAACUCGAGGAAGGGGAUUGUUGGUGGUCUUAGUAGUAAUGGCCACAACAGAGGCUGCUGGGUUACUGAACCGUGCUGCUGAAUAUGAGGCUGUCUAGCUUGUUGUUAAACAGGAAAGGCUGUUCCGACAUCCAGAGUCUAGUGUCCUCUGCUGCCACAGAGGAUUCUGGGAUGACGGUCACUCUGCACUUCUUGUCUGAGCCCCAAGGUCCUUUGCCACUGAGUACACGAACUGGCGAUUCACUGCAGUUCAGAGCCGGGAGGCAAGCCUCAGUGUUCGUCCAUCUGUCUGUCUAUGUAUUUGUCUGUGGGUGUGGCUUUCACAGCGUUUAUGCUCCUAAGACUCUGUGUGUGUGUUUUACCACGGCCUAACUUCAUCUGAGAACUGCUGUGCUCCUUGGCUUUCCUGCCUGCUGGCUGGCGGCUCUCCACAGUUAUCGUCGGUGUCGACUAGGAGAUGCAGCACACAGCCAGGACGUUGUUUCCGCUGGGAUGCCGUGGCUGCUCUGGCCAGAGUGAGCAGGGAGGAACGCAGAUAUGCCACGGUGCUUCGAGGCCGCUGUCAAAUUUACACUUGAGCAUCCAGCUUUAUUAAUGCCAGUGCUUAGCAGGUCUGUACCCCCUCUCUCUCUCUGUCUCUCCAUCUCACUGCCUGUCCCCCUCUCUCUCUGUCUCUCCAUCUCACUGCCUGUCCCCCUCUCUCUCUGUCUCUCCAUCUCACUGCCUGUCCCCCUCUCUCACUGUCCCCCUCUCUCACUGCCUGUCCCCCUCUCUCACUGUCCCCCUCUCUCACUGCCUGUCCCCCUCUAUCACUGCCUGUCCCCCUCUAUCACUGCCUGCCCCCCUCUCUCACUGUCUCUCCAUCUCACUACCUGUCCCGCUCUCUCACUGCCUGUCCCCCUCUCUUACUGUCUCAUCUCACUGCCUGUCCCCCUCUCUCACUGUCUCUCCAUCUCACUGCCUGUCCCGCUCUCUCACUGCCUGUCCCUGUCUCUCAUUGUCUUAUCUCUCUUUCUGUCCCCCUCUCUCACUGUCUCUCCAUCUCACUGCCUGUCCCCCUCUAUCACUUUCUGUCCCUGUCUCACUGUCUCUCCAUCUCUCUACCUGUCCCCCUCUCUCACUGCCUGUCCCCCUCUAUCACUGCCUGUCCCCCUCUCUCACUGUCUCUCCAUCUCACUACCUGUCCCGCUCUCUCACUGCCUGUCCCCCUCUCUCACUGUCUCAUCUCACUGCCUGUCCCCCUCUCUCACUGUCUCUCCAUCUCACUGCCUGUCCCGCUCUCUCACUGCCUGUCCCUGUCUCUCAUUGUCUUAUCUCACUUUCUGUCCCCCUCUCUCACUGUCUCUCCAUCUCACUGCCUGUCCCCCUCUAUCACUUUCUGUCCCUGUCUCUCACUGUCUCUCCAUCUCUCUACCUGUCCCCCUCUCUCACUGCCUGUCCCCCUCUCUCACUGUCUCUCCAUCUCACUACCUGUCCCGCUCUCUCACUGCCUGUCCCCCUCUCUCACUGUCUCAUCUCACUGCCUGUCCCCCUCUCUCACUGUCUCUCCAUCUCACUGCCUGUCCCCCUCUAUCACUUUCUGUCCCUGUCUCUCACUGUCUCUCCAUCUCACUGCCUAUCCCGCUCUCUCACUGCGUGUCCCCCUCUAUCUCUGCCUGUCCCCCUCUCACUGUCUCUCCAUCUCUCUACCUGUCCCGCUCUCUCCCUGCCUGUCCCUCUCUAUCACUGCCUGUCCCCCUCUCUCACUGUCUCUCCAUCUCACUGCCUGUCCCGCUCUCUCACUGCCUGUCCCCCUCUCUCACUGUCUCUCCAUCUCACUGCCUGUCCCCCUCUCUCACUGCCUGUCCCCCUCUCUCACUGUCUCUCCAUCUCAGUACCUGUCCCGCUUUCUCACUGCCUGUCCCUGUCUCUCACUGUCUCAUCUCACUGCCUGUCCUCCUCUAUCACUGCCUGUCCCCCUCUCUCACUGUCUCAUCUCACUGUUUGUCCCCCUCUUUCACUGUCCAUCUCACUGAGAUACUUUUUUUUGUCUGUCUAUUCCUCUCUCUCCCUUGCUCUGUCACUCUCUCCUCUUCCCCUCAUCUUCUCAUUUCUCUCUCUCCCUCUCUUCCUCUCUCUCUGUCUCCUACUUUCUUCCUCCAUCUUUUCCAGCUGCUCACCCCCCCCAAAGUGCAGGGCUCUUAAUGCCUGGUUUUUGGGGCAGUCAUACCUGCUGGACUUCCUCUGUCUAAACACAGUCGUUAUUUUCUAGGCAAAAGGCUGGAGGCUACAAGCACAGCUUUCCAAGGCAGGAGGUCAAGCCUGGAAUAAAAAUACAGGAUGGUGAUGUGUUGGUGGAGUUCUGUCGCAGCUUGUUCUCAUGGAGCUGCUUUCCAUCCGGCACGGGAGGGGGCGGGGGCUUGCUGGGUCACGGGUGAGAGUGAGAGUUUUGGAGAGAGCAGGAGGGUCAUCUGUGUAAUUAACCAGUCAGCAGUAACAGCAGGUGCACAUCAAAGUAGUGUGGGUCAAAAGGGCAUGACCCCCCCCCCCACACACACACACACACACACACUUAUCUUUGGACACACUCUU